UGUACAGGGAGUGGCUCAUUUUUCCAGACUGAAGUAAUUUCAUGGAUCUGAAGUCAUGGAUCGCAUAGUGUUUUUUGGAGCUGUUUUAUGCUUGUGUUCAUGUAAAAUACAAGGUCUCCAACAUGUGUUUGUGCUGCAUGGAAAGGACUUACACUUGGAUACAGAGAAACCUGUUACACUUGAUGAACAGACAGAUUUGUUCUGGAAAUACAGUUCCAGUAACAAUAUAGCUAAAUGUGUUUUUAAUAAAGAUCCAUUCGUGUAUAACAAAUAUGCAGGAAAGGCUGAGCUGUUUGGACCAAAUUGCUCUUUGAAAUUAAAGAAUGUUCAACACAGUGACAGUGGAGAUUAUACUGCAAUUGUGGUCAACGAACAAGAGCAAAGGGUAGCUCAAUACAAGGUCAUAGUUCAAGAUCCAGUGACUCCUGCUGACCUGACAGUGGACCCUGUGUCCAACAGCUCAGACUCCUGUGACCUGACUGUGACCUGCAGCACAGUGGACUUUAACAUCAGCAGUAGUUUUAGAUGUGAUGGUAAAAACUGCGCUCAUGCAGAAGAAAGGGAUUUGGAGGCCACAAAAAAAUUUUCCUCUCUGAUUGUUUACCUGGAGCAAGACACCAUUUUCUGUAAUCACAGCAACCAAGUGAGCUGGAAUCAAACCAUGAAGGUGCUCAAAUCUUACUGUGAAACAGAGACAGCUCCCAGUGGAGCCAUCAUAAAUGCAGCUUCGACUUCUGUUCUCUUCUUGCUGACUCUCUUCAUAACCUUUGUGGCAUCAUGAAAU